AUGAUCAUCAAGAUCGCACAUGUCUCUAAUCCUAAGCAGAGUCCACAUGAGCAUAAAUUAAAAUUCUCGCAGAAAGAUAAAGUGAAAAAGUUUAUUACUUUCACUCAAACCGGCGAGCAGACAGCUAUUUAUUGUCUCGCUCAAAAUGAUUGGAAGUUAGAUUUGGCUAGUGAUAACUAUUUUCAAAAUCCCGAUGCGUAUUACAAGGAACCUAAAAAUUCGGUAGAUAAGAAAAAACUUGAAAUUUUGUACUCACGGUAUCAAGAUCCCAAUGAAACGAAUAAAAUAACAGAAGAUGGUAUAAUGAAAUUCUUAGAUGACUUAGGAUUGAGUCCAGAAAGUAAAUUGGUCUUGAUAAUUGCAUGGAAAUUCCGUGCAGAAGCUCAAUGUGAAUUUACGAAAGACGAAUUUAUGAAUGGAAUGGUAGAGUUGUGUGUUGACAGUAUAGAUAAGCUUAAAGCAAAACUACACAGUUUAGAGAAUGAAAUAAAAGACACGGUUAAAUUCAAAGACUUUUAUCAUUUUACUUUCAAUUAUGCUAAGAAUCCUGGACAGAAAGGACUCGAUCUUGAAAUGGCUAUCGCAUAUUGGAAUAUUGUUAUGAAAGACAAAUUUAAAUUUUUAGAUUUAUCGAUUCCAAAAGACACGUGGAAUCUUUUGCUAGAUUUUGCUUCAAUGAUAAACUCAGAUAUGAGUAAUUACGAUGAAGAAGGUGCUUGGCCGGUGCUGAUUGACGACUUUGUGGAAUGGGCACAACCUCGGGUUCGUCAGUCUCACUAA